GCACAUUACACUAACUUUUGUGGGCGGAUCUCGAACUGCUGCAAGCAAAAUUAAUAAUUAGCAAUGGCUGAAGAUUCAGUAGCUCCAGUAGUGACCAUCCAGCCCACUUCCCAGAGGAAGCAGAUUGAGACCUUCGUCAAGGAUCUAGACCCUCAUGCCGUCCUUGAAUGGAGUGAGGAAGAAGUGAUUGACAAGUACCUCAAGCCAGCUGGAUUUGGCUACUUGUCUAACACCUUUAAGGAGCAGCACGUCACUGGAGCUGUACUGUUAGCGCUGAGUGAGGAUCACUUGGUUGAGAUGAAUGUACUGGUUGUUGGAGAGAGGAUUAAGUUUCUCGAGUACUUGCGUCUGCUUAAAAAGCAAAAGAAGGAUGCAGACAGAAGCAAGGCUCUGUGGAGUGCCACCACUCCUGUCACCAACUGUGCCUACCAUGACAAAUGUGGAGGAUUCUGCUUCUUGCUUUGCUGCCCAUGCUGUGUGCCUACCACUGAGUGGCGUGUGACUGGACAGGGCAUUCGCUGGCGUAAGAAUACCUCCUCCAUUGACUGUUGUGGAGAAACGGAGACUCAGUUCAUUGACUUCAGGUUCCUCAAGGAUUUGGAGUUCCGCAAAGAUCCUAAGUGUCUGUGCUGCUGUGUUGGAUCAAAGUUGCUACUCUAUGCUGACGACAAAGACACUGUUUCUGGUACUCGGCAGACCAGGACUAAUAUUUCUCAAACGGAACUGAGUGCUCCAAUAGCCAUCUUCCAUCCUGACUCUGCUCGUGCUGAGAGCAUCAUCAGGAAUGCCUGGGCUGACAUCGACCUUGUAGCUGACUAACGUACAAAAGAACAAAAGUAACAAUUAAUGUUGAAAAUAGAGAACAGCUAGUGUAGAUCUACUGAAUGUGUAGUUUAUAUUCAUUUAUUGUGCAAGAACGAGGGUGUGGCAGCUUAGCUACUUUA